AUGAAAUCUGUAACAGCGAGCUUCUUCAAACGGAUACUGAAGAUCCUGACGAGCUGGCCGCCUUAUUCAACAACACAUUGCGUUCCCUGCUGGAUCGGCACGCUCCUGUUAAGCAAAAAGAAUGUUACUAUUAGAUCUCGUGUUCCAUGGAUGAAUGAUGAAAUUAUAUUGGCUAAACGUCAACGGAGGAAAGCUGAAAGGAAAUGGAGGGCUUCUAAAGCACACAUCGAUUUACUAUCCUAUCGCGCAAUGAGAAAUCGAGUGACGUUUUUGAGUAACGAGGCUCGUUGUGCAUACUAUACAAACUUCAUAACUGAGAACAGCACGGACCAGAGAAGGUUAUUUAGAGCAAGUAAGUCCCUGCUGAAUUUAUCAAAUGGUCCUGGCCUCCCACUGUCGACUAAUGAUUAUCAGUUGGCUAAUGAUUUUGGAAAAUUCUUUGCUCAAAAAAUUGCUGAUAUCAAGUCUGUUAUUGCAAACCAGAGCCGCCUUCCUGUCACCAUCGACGCUGCCAGUACUGUGACUGCUUCCUGUUUUUCAGAAUUUACUCUCCUGUCCGAAUCAGAGGUUUUGAUUUAAUCAAAGCUUCAUCAAAGAAAUCUUGUCUUCUUGAUCCUAUUCCAACCAAACUUCUUACGGACUUUCGCCGAUGUGCUACUACCUCCGAUCACGAAAAUAAUAAAUCUUUCGCUUGAUUCUGGUUAUUUUCCACGCACCUGGAAAAGUGCUCUAGUAAGGCCGCUGUUGAAGAAGGAUGGAUUACCUCUUGUUUUUAAGAACUACAGACCCGUGAGUAAUUUGGCAUUUAUCUCAAAGCUGGUUGAGACUGUUGUUGCCAAGCAGCUACAGCAUUAUCUGAAUGGCAAUCUGUUCCCAGUGUUUCAAUCCGCCUAUCGACAGAACCACAGCACAGAAACUGCACUCCUUAAGGUUAUGAAUGAUAUUCUCCUUAACAUGAACAGUCAACGUGUUACUCUGCUUAUUCUGCUCGAUUUAAGUGCUGCCUUCGACACAGUUGAUCACGACACCAUGCUACGUCGACUUGAGUCAUCAUUUGGUAUACAUGGGAAAGCCCUCUCCUGGUUUACGUCCCUAUUUGUCUGGUAGAACUCAACGGAUAAUGAUUAACGAUUCGCUGUCGGAACCUUUUAAAUUAGAAUGCGGUGUGCCUCAAGGUUCCUGUCUGGGUCCGUUAUUGUUUUUCGUUGUAUACGAGCAAGCUUUUGAGAUCAUUGAAUAUCAUUUGCCCACGAUUCAUUGUUACGCUGGCGACUCUCAAGUUUACAUCUCAUUCAGUCCCAACGACAGAGCUGAGCAACUUGCUGUAGUGAGGAGUAUGGAGGACUGCAUCAGAGACAUUCGUCUUUGGAUGUUGAAUAAUGAUCUUAAAUUAAAUGACGACAAGACUGAAUUCCUUAUCAUUGGCACAUCACAACAGCUGGGAAAGCUCGACAAUAUCAGUAUACGUGUGGGCGACUCAGACAUACAUCCCGUGCCAAUUGAGAAAUCUUGGUUCCUGGUUUGA